AUGAGUUGGGGACGGGCAUUCCAGUCCACCGGGUCCAUCUUGUCGUGUGCCACGAGACUCGUCAUCACCCGUACUUAUCGGGAGCCCGAGGAGCUUGUCGGAGCCCUGAGGGCCCUGAGAGCCCUGCGCGAAGGGAUGGUCGCGAUUACAUCAGCCCUUGGGAAUCCGAGGCCCGGCAAUCUGUUGAUCCCUGAUCAUUCCCGCGAGACGAUGUACGGAGUACCCUGGUCCCGUCUCGCAUCCAGUCUCUCCACCGGCCUCCACUUAGCUUUGCAGGAAAUUGGCCCGGCCAGGGGCCAUGAGGAAUCGUCCCCAGACGAGUACGGCGGGCGCGAGCGGCCAUUGGGGAAGUAG